AAUAGCACAGAAAAAAUAAACUUGUAGAUACGCUGUCAUUAUUUGUCUUUUUACUUUACAUUAUCGGAAAACAGUUAAACUAUACUAUAUUAUGGAUUAGCAGUUACUUGUCCCACUUUUUAUUAGGCAAGUGCGUUGUUGUCUGUCAUAUAUGUAUGACGAAAGUUUACAAGCAUGUUAAAUUCAACUUUGGAUAUUAAAUAUAAAUGGUGGUAAAGGAAGGAUGUUAAUAUGUGGAUAAUACACCAUAACAAUAACUAUCGUCUCCGAAUAAACACGCCAUGAUAGAGUUAUCAAAAUUAGCCAAUGGUUCCAUUUGCCGUCCAUCAAACAUUCUCUUAUACCAGUCAAAUGAGGAGAAAUGAGAAGAGAUGUUCUACUUACUUACACACAUGGGACAAACGUAACUGAAAAUCAGACGAGUAACAUAUCUUCAACUCAAGUCUCAUCAGAAUUGCCAGUUAUUUACGACCAAUUAGGAAAUAAUGUAGAUAAAUCCAGAGAAAUCAAUUAUAAGUCUAAUAAAACAAAACUCGUAGGAGGCCAAUUUUAUAACUCUUACGAUCCGGAAGUUGGAAUUAAUACAGCCAGUGUUUUAGGCGGGAUUCUCUUGGUGCUUGUGUUGUAUGUUAUCUAUCGUACUAAGUGUCGCAAAAGGUUAUUAGGACUUAUUCAAAGGUGCAAAAUGAAAUAUUUUCCAGAUGAUUUUCCAAAUGUUGAUUCUGCUGAACAGUGUAAGAAUGAGAUAGUGUCUGAAGAAUCACAAUGGAUAAGUGAAAGUGCAAAAAUGAUUUGGAAAGAAAGGGCUAAUUUGUCUCGAGAUUCAGAGAGUACUAAACAUCAAAUUGAUCCGGAGCAAAGUGUGAAUAGUCCAGGAGGGUCAUGCAAACGUGAAAGCUCUCUUCAUAUGCAAACGAAUGGCCACAAUGAGCUUGAAUGUGAUAACAGCCCUCAAAAAUUGCCGGAUUCAGAAGAAAAUAUUGUAAAAGCAACUGCAUUCUGGGUGCAAAAUGUUAAAAAGAUGGAUAUAAAAGAGCGUCAGUUAAAUGGAAUUGUAUUAAAAAUUCCCCCAGACCUAGUGUCACACAGUGCAAAAAUGCGCAGUCACUUUCAUUCGGUAACUGAUUAUGGUGACGUAAAUGAUCUUGUAAACAUAUCACAACUAAAUAAGAGCUUGCCGUCACUUGUAGAGCAAAAGACAUGUGUUAAAAUGAAUUAUGCAAACAUUCCGAACGUAAAGUCAAAAAACGUUUACGUACCCUUGGCAACUCAGGAGGAUGACAUUGACCUUCAACCGUCUACCUUAGAAGUCAAACACACAUCUGGUUCUAAAGUACCGCUGGACAUUUGUCCUAUUGUUAAAGUUCAGCAUUAUCAAUCUCGAUCAAAGAGAAGACUAACAUCACUGUGUCAUAGCAGUAGUGAAGAUGAUAUGUCGUCAUCUUCAGAUGACCAGAAACCGGCGAUAAAAUCAUUAUCAAAAACAGUAAGUGACGCGAAAUACAUGCGUUUAGAAACGAAAGAAAGCAUAUCACCAGUGAACAUUAAUUCCUCAUCAUUUACAACCACAGGUUCUGUACAUGGAAGUACUGUUGUAGACAAACAUGUUUCACUCACAAACAAUCAUUCCAAACGGCCAGGCAUUCGAAGUCUCGAAACAAAUUUAUAGCCCCCUCUAUUUGUUAUAUACAUGUCACGUGUAAAUAUACUUUGCAAUUUUUAUCAAAGUGAUAUUUUGUGAUAUAUUUAUAAGGUGGAUUUCUGUGUUUUAUGUCAAUUACUUUUUUUGUUAUGAACUAUAAAGUAGUAGCACAUUUUCUCUGAAGAUAUUCUUUAGAAAAUUUUACACUGAAUGCUAUUUAUUUUUAUUUUUUCAUAUGUAUGUCUCUUUUGAAUUAUACUCAAAAGGACAGGAAAGAUCCCCCGAGAGCAAGUUACCUUUCUAUAAUAGAAAUAUACAAACUUUACAAUUUUAAGCUUUUACGGUAACCGUUUAUUCCCAAUUCUGAUGGAAGCAUUUUGGUAACAAGCGAAUGUUACUUUACAAGCAAAAUACUAAGAUUUAACAACAAAUAUUGAAUGAUUUUCAACAAUUUGAUAGAAUUUCAUAAAAGUCGAACUGUCUUCAGAUAAUUCUUGUCAUUCAUAUUUUACACCUUAAUUUCUAUAUACAUGCAUAUAGAGAAUGGCGUUUAUUAAUGAUUUCCAAAACGGAAAUUUUACAAAUAAUUGGAACAUAAGAAAGGAAAUCUAUAUGAUACAUGUUGUUGCAAUUACUUAUAAUAUGUUACGUGCUCUGUGUAAUCGAUUCACCCUGUUUUGAAUUGAAACUUAAAUCGAUUUCAGUAAUAAAAUACAAAAAAGUAUGCUACCAAUGCUAAGACUAAGCAGAAUGAAAUGGCUAUAUACUGUUGGCAAAAUUAGACGAAGGGU